GCCAUGCAGUACCAGGCGCCGGGCGCGGCUCCGGCGGCGGCCCUGGGCGUCGGCGUCCCGCUGUACGCGCCCACGCCGCUGCUGCAGCCCGCGCACCCCACGCCCUUCUACAUCGAGGACAUCCUGGGCCGCGGCCCCGCCGCCGCGCCGGCCCCCCACUCCCUGCCCGCCCCGCCGCCGCCGACGCUGCCGUCGCCCAACUCCUCCUUCACCAGCCUGGUGGCCCCGUACCGGACCCCCGUCUACGAGCCGACCCCCAUCCACCCGGCCUUCUCCCACCACCUCGCCGCUACCUACGGCACCGGCGCUUACGCCGGGCCCCUCUACUCCUUUCCCCGCGCCGUCGGCGACUACACGCACGCACUGAUCCGCCAGGACCCCCUGGGAAAGCCGCUGCUGUGGAGCCCCUUCAUCCAGCGGCCGCUGCAUAAGAGGAAGGGUGGGCAGGUGCGCUUCUCCAACGAGCAGACCAUCGAGCUGGAGAAGAAGUUCGAGACGCAGAAAUAUCUCUCCCCGCCCGAGAGGAAGCGCCUGGCCAAGCUGCUGCAGCUCAGCGAGCGCCAGGUCAAAACGUGGUUCCAGAACCGCAGAGCCAAAUGGAGGCGCCUGAAGCAGGAGAACCCCCAGGCCACCAAAAAGGAGGAGGCGGAAGGCACCAGCGAUCACGGUGACCCGCGACCGGAGGGCAGCCCCAGCCCCGCUGGAGGAGGCGAGGCCGAGCCGCAGGACAGCCCCUCGGCCGCCUCGCAGGAGGACCCCGAGUCCGACGUCUCUGACGACUCCGAUCAGGAGGUGGACAUCGAGGGAGACAAAGGCUUCUACAGUGCCACACGCUGACGGCCCGCGGGCACGGAGCCAAGCUCGGCUUGUGCUAUCCCGGGACUGCGGGAAGGAGGAUGUUACGAUGGGAGAGGACUUUCACCAUUCCGCUGAAAGACAAAGAAGCACAAAUGGACUCGUUCUGUAAUAAUCUGAGAAAGAAAAGAUGUAUGUUCUGCAAAAGAUCCGUUUUUUGGCAGAUCUCUGAUUUGAUUAUAGGGACUGAUCGGUGGUUUGUAUUUACUGUAUAAGAUCUAUGUGUACAUUGAUUGGUGCUCUGACUGGGACACAGCGCUGUGCCCAUCUCUGGCUGCUGGGAACCCCCUCCCACCCCCAGCUGAUGUGGUGGGGGAGCGCAGAGGGCAGGACCGUGCCUUAGUGUGUGCAAACGAAUGUGCUUUACAUGGAUUAAUUUAAGUGCCUUUUUCAGGCAGAGAAAUGUAUUCUGUGCCGUAUAGAGGGAUUGGAGCAUCCCGACAGUGCCUUACCCCACACAGACCUGCCACUGCCUCCCCCGGCGGGAUCCCCCCCCGGACUGGGCAGAAGCUGUGGGCACGUUCAGUUUUGCUCUUGAUGGAAUGAAAUGUCCCUCAUUGCAUUUUGGAGGACUUUGCCCUGCAAUCUGUGUGGUUCCAUUUGCAGGGGAAAAAAAAAAAUCAAAAAACAACAAAACCCACAACCUAAAAGCAAAACAUCAAACCAACCCAGUCUGUUUUUUUUCCUUGACAAAUCUGUCGUGCUGUCCCCCAGAUUUCCCAUUUCAGAAGGAAAUGAGGGGGCUGAUAGGGCACUGCAGGGUGCAGCGUGGCAGCGGGCAGCCGUGCCUGGCGUGUCCUCCUCUGCUUCUGUACAUAGCAGUUUGCCUUAAAAGUCUUUGCGGUUUUAUACCUCACGUUGUUCAUAUUUUGUACAUAUUGGUUCAAUGUUUAAAAAAAAAAAAA